AACCAAAAAAUCAUCCUAAAAAAGAAACACAAAUAAACAAUAACAUUUGAAAAAAAAAAAAACACAUAAAAAAAAGGUAUAACAAAAAAGAUUAAAAAUGGAGGCAUCAAAGAAGCUUUUUGCAUUGUUUCUCGUUUGCAUUGUUGUGUUUUCAUCAUAUGUGCAUGCCUCUAAAGCUGAUGAAGAAAGUAAUACAGAAGAAUUUAGAGAAGCAUUUAAAAAAGGAGUUGAAGAAGGAUUUAAUAAAGUCAUGAAUGAAUACCUAGGUUGUUUGAAUGAGUGUGAGAAUGAAUGCUCCAAUGAAGGAUUUGUACAUGGUCAUUGUGAGAAAAAGUGUAGCAGUGAUUGCAAGACUAAGGUGCUUAAAGCUCAACCCGAGAACCUUAAAAUUUUGAAGAAUCCUUGAAGAUGGACCAAAGGAUGCAAAACAUUCCUUAGUAUAGAAAAUAUAGGGAAAGAAGAAUAAAGCAGUGGCUUCUCAUUUUUAUUUUAAUUUAUUCAUUCAUUAUUUACCACUGUACUUGUAAUUGUCUUUUAUUUUUAGUCGAUAAGAUUAUAUUAUAUUAAUUAACGAUAAAAAAAUAGGGAGCAUUAAGUGUUACAAAAGAGGGAGAACUCAUCUGUGACACUGCUUGUAAUUUUCAGGAUUCAAUAAAAUCGUUUGUUUGCUAA